GCCUCGGGAAAGGAGGGCCCGAGGGCCGGACCCACGCAACGACCUUAAAAAGUGUCUGGGUGCCGCGGCCGCCAGCGGAGCGCGGGCGCUGGAGUGCGAGCCGGACGCAGCGGGGCGCGGCGGGGUAUGUGGUACACAUCCUUCCCUCUAGAGGAUUACUUUCCACAGAACCCAGUAACACCAUGAAGUCCAAUCCUGUCAUCCAAGCUGCCAUUGACCUCACGGCAGGGGCCGCAGGGGGCACAGCAUGUGUACUGACUGGGCAGCCCUUCGACACGAUGAAGGUGAAGAUGCAGACGUUCCCAGACCUCUACCGGGGCCUCACCGACUGCUGCCUGAAGACCUACUCCCAGGUGGGCUUCCGCGGCUUCUACAAGGGCACCAGCCCUGCACUGAUUGCCAAUAUUGCAGAGAACUCGGUGCUCUUCAUGUGUUACGGCUUCUGCCAGCAGGUGGUCCGCAAAGUGGUUGGAUUGGACAGGCAGGCAAAACUGAGUGACCUCCAGAAUGCAGCUGCUGGGUCCUUUGCUUCUGCCUUUGCUGCACUGGUUCUCUGCCCCACAGAGCUCGUCAAGUGCCGGCUGCAGACCAUGUAUGAAAUGGAGACUUCAGGAAGGAUAGCUGCGAGCCAGAACACAGUGUGGUCAGUUGUGAAAGAAAUCUUCAGGAAGGACGGCCCCCUGGGCUUCUACCAAGGCCUCUCAAGCACUUUACUCCGAGAAGUACCCGGCUACUUCUUCUUCUUCGGUGGCUAUGAACUGAGCAGAUCAUUUUUCGCCUCAGGGAAAUCAAAAGAUGACCUAGGCCCUGUUCCGUUGAUGCUAAGUGGUGGAUUUGGUGGGAUUUGCCUGUGGCUUGCUGUAUAUCCAGUGGAUUGUAUCAAAUCUAGAAUUCAAGUUCUUUCUAUGACUGGAAAGCAGGCAGGAUUCCUCAGAACCUUCCUGAGCAUUGUGAAGAAUGAAGGAAUAACAGCCUUGUAUUCUGGACUGAAACCUACUAUGAUUCGAGCAUUUCCUGCCAAUGGGGCAUUAUUUUUGGCCUAUGAAUAUAGCAGGAAGUUGAUGAUGAAUCAGUUGGAUGCAUACUGACGUGCCCUGGUGAGCCCGGACUCAAGGCAGGCAUUUAGUGACUGUUGUCAACUCAGGGUUUUGCAGAGGACGAGAAUAAUGUGGAAUUAUUAUUGAUUAAUUGGAACUUUUGUCCUUGUCUUCCCUUCUUCUAGUCAAAGUCUUAAGAGACUUUGUGGGAGGCCCCUCUAUCCUACACUGUAUAAUUUCUGCCUGUUAUUGUACCAAAAGAGAAAAGUCGCCAUUCUUGCCCUUGGUGGCUCUGUGCACCAGCCUCGUGCAGACUGUCUUCCUCCCAGGAUGGAACUUCUGUGGAAGUCAGAGGUACGCGUGCAGUUUAGAUGCUUCUGUGUUGAGGAAAACACAGUUUUGUCCUGCGUUUAAUUGUAAAUGGUGACCAAUUUUUAUGCAGACGUUUAUAAGUGAUUGCUUAACACGUCUUAGACACAGGGCCACUGCUAUAGUCUGCAGAGCCUGUGUGCUAAGAACUUUUAACUUGUUGUGGUACAUUAAAGCUAACACAUCCAUCUAUAUUUUUAGAUAAAUUUUAUGCACCCUUGUGCGGCUCAGCUCCUAACAGUGCCAUUCAUUUCCCAGGUGGGCUCGUCAUUUUGCACUCUGGUGCUGGUGGGCGUGGUCCAGAGUGUGAGACCAGCGUGCCCCCCACCUUCCCUUCUCCCUAGAAGAGCUGCCUCCCUUGUGGGUAGACAAGGGCUGCCCUGCCACGCUCUCACAAAACCCAGCAGAGGUUCUCAUCUGGAUUCAGCAGGAAUCCAGGCUACUCUUCUGAUCCUGGAUCUGGGGCUAACCUGAACCCACUGUCUCUCUGCCUCCAUCAAUCAGAGGCCCUUCCAGGAAGCAGAGAGGAAGUCUGGGCUUCCUGCCUUUAUUGUGGAGUCCCCCUCACAGGGAAGUCCAGUGGCGCCCACUAGUUCAGCACGGUAGCAUAACCAUAUCAGCUCACUCUCCUGAAGUUCACCUUGGGGUUCAUAACGCCUUGAUUUACCUCUGUGUUUGGAGCUGGCGGUCUGUGAAUUUUAAUGUCGAUGUGUAACUUUGGAAAGCAUUGUGACCAAUAACAGAAACCUUUUUAUUAAACUAAGUAGUAUGUAUGCGGCAGCCAGAAACUUGGCCCCGCAUUUCUUCUCACCCCGAGACACACGCAAUAGAUAAUUCUUUGGCCACAGGGUCUAAGAGGGUCUCAUCACUGCAGAGAUCAAACCCAACGUCUGUAUUGCUCCAAGACCAGAGGGAUGACAAUAGGGUUUGUGCCUACUCUGCCUAUAAACCCGAAGGAAGUAGGCAGACCUUGUGAAUGCCUCCUUGCUACAGUGCCAUGAGCACAAGGGUCAGGAAAGCAAAGUAUUCCCAGAAAGGGAGGAGUGCCUGUCAGCAUCCCUUGACUGGCACUUGGUGAGAAAGCUGUCUUUCUAAGUUAGUUUUAUCCGUUCUUGCGUGGCCGGUGGCUACUGACUGAUGCUUCAUCUGAAGAGGUCUGGAUUGAAGCAAAAGUAGGAUUGGUUUCCUGCAGGAAGAGGACAGGCCAGAGCCACGGUUUUUUCUUUUGGUGCUUGGGAUCCAGGUCAUAUUAACCUGGUUGGUUGUGGGUCUUCUCACAGUCUGUCCUUUAUGGCCUCUUCUAUAGAAAUAGUCAGAAACAAGGGAAAGUGAAAAACAGAGGCCAAAGGGAAAAAAAAAUUUUUUAAUUAUUCUGUUGGUUUGAUUUGUGACUUAAUGUUUGGGCAAAGACAAAACCAGAACUUUGAGAUACUUCGUUUAGAGAAAUGAGUACUCUGUCAUUAUUAAAUAAACCCAAUGUGAGUCUA